UAUUCAUCAGUUCCUAGGGGAGGGAGGGAAGUAGGUAGGUAGGUAGGUGGGUGUGUAGGGAGAUCCCAAUUUUUUUCACACACACACACACACACAACAGAGACUGGCUAUCCCCCAUCCCUGGCUAUGUCUGCUUUCGCCUGUCGCGACUAUUUCGCCGCUGAGUGCCUCAUGUCCAUCUCCAGCGGGGCGGUGGUACACCGCUCGCCGGUCAAAGACGAGGAAAGUUCCCGGGAGGACAAAGAAGUCAGCGACACGCUGAAGGAGGGAGGUGGAGGAGGAGGAGGUGGUGGUGCUGGUGGAGGUAACCUGCUGCUGGUAGCCAGUAUUCUGACCGACCUGCAGAAAUCCCGGCCCAUGUCGUCCAACUCGGAGAGCAGCAACUCCUCCUCGUCGUCGGGGGAGAGCUUGGAGAGCGGCUACACCACCCUGUCCGAGGGUCCCGGCACCCCGACCCUCGGCACCGCCAACUCUACGCCGGAGAAGCGGAAAAGCAGGCGGUCGGACAAGUGUGCGGUGAAGAAGCAUCAGUGCUACUUCACUGGCUGCGGCAAAGUAUACGGCAAAUCGUCCCAUCUGAAAGCGCACAUGAGAACUCACACAGGGGAGCGACCAUUUCCUUGCACCUGGCCACAGUGUUUGAAGAAGUUUGCCCGCUCAGAUGAGCUGGCUCGACAUUAUCGUACCCACACUGGUGAGAAGAAAUUCAAGUGCCCGAUGUGCGAAAAGAGGUUUAUGCGCAGUGACCACUUGAUGAAGCAUGCUCGGCGACACCCUGACUUCAAGCCCAGCAUGAUCAUCAAACCCCACAGCAGAAGUGCAUCACCCCCCAAAAUGCUGGCACCCACCUUCCACAGCCUGGCAACCUCUUGCAUCGUCAGUUCUCCUAAUCCUGCUGGCCCUGUGCUCAAUUAAACUGGAGGGGGCUUUAGAAAAACAUUUUGUACCAAAAGUCUUGUUUAAACUGAGAGUUUAUAUUCCACCCUCUAAACAUGUGUGGACUGUGCUUGUACAUCUUUGCUUUCAAACCAUUCCACCUUUGCAGAUUAAUGUUAUGGAAGUCUUUUGUCACUUGUGUUGUUUUUGCACACACACUGACUGUAGCCAGCAACUGAAGUUCAGUCACUAUCUGGAUUGGUAUCAGCAUGAAAUAGUGAGAGUUGUGAACAGUCAUAAGGUCCCAGUUAUUAUCUGAUCUAGUUGACCUGAUGCCUGUUUUUAUUUUUGAACUUUUAACUUAUUACAAAAGCUCCAUUCAGGCUUUGGAGUAUACUGAAGGGAAACCAUUGUUUAGUCAUCCAGACAAAAAAUUAUCUAUUUUAGUAGCUCUCACUUUUAAAUAAAAGUAGUCCUACGGACUGAACCGCAGCUUCACAAAUAAAUGAACCAGCCACACAAUGCUCCACUUUGUGCUCAGUGGUGACAUGAAGCUUGCUAACAUUUUUUGUAUAAGAAACGCAGACUAUACUUCAGAGCAAUUUAUCUGAAACAAGGAGAGUAAAUAUGAAAUUGCAGUUUCACAGAUUUAAUGCCAUGAUCAAAAAAUAUUUAAAAACUGUAAGAAACUAAUUUUGCCCUGUUUCUUCAAUUCACAGUUGGCUAUGUGAUUUUUAUGGCUCAGUUUAACUCAGUUGGACACAUCCCUUCCCUAGAGAGUUCUCAUUGGGGUUUAACUCAGGGACUGAAUUACUGUAAAUUGCAGUAUUCCGACAUUGAUUUGCAGUUACUUAAUUGAUCUGUCUCAGGGCUACAGAGGAUCUUGCCAUGUCACCAAAGCAGACUCAGCACUGCAAUUAUGACCACUGUUUUACAUCUUUCAGAAUCUUCAAUUUCUUUGUGGUGGUGUGUGGGAGGAAGGUCACUGUUUUGUUCAGUGGCCAUGCUGAAAUGUGUCUGCUGGUAAUGGUGGCAGUCCAACUGCUGGUGUAAGACCCUUGCGUGAUGUGUGCUAGUUGGAUGCAACAAGUAUGUUAUUGAAAUUACUACCUUCUGGUUUACACCUCAGUUUAACGUCUGCUUCUGAGAGUUAUGAUUGCAUAGGCUGUACUAUUCAAAUGUAAACAUUGGUUCAAUCUGACUUUACAUGAGAUCACUCUUUUUUGCAAAUGAAAUAUGUGCCAGGUCUUAAAUGAGCAUGGUGAAAAUCAAGCUUCUAGCAUGGUGUCUAUGCUGGCAAAGGUCUCCCUCUGGCCUAACAUUACCCUGACCUGGAUUACUAGCAAAAGUGUACCCAGCAGUACUUUGUAUUGCUGCUCACUGGAGAACAGUUCCCAACUUGGGACCACUUUUUUUUAAAAUGGGAGACUGUCUCAUGGUGAAGUUGAUAAAAGGAACAUUUUGUUACACUGUCCAUUGGAAUUCUAGAACCGAUAUUACGAACUGUCUGCAUUGGAGCUACAGACAAUUCAGGACACUUAAUGAGUUAUUUUCAGAACUCUGUUGGCCAGUAGUGACAAUUGUACAAGGUGUCUUACACAUGAAGCAAGGUGCAUAGCCAAAGGUUUCAAUCAGGUUUAUUGAAAGGUGAUGGCAUUACCUGCUCAAGUCAUCUGUGUGCAAAAAUGAUAUAGCUGUGGGGUUGUGUGUGUGUGUGUGUACUGACUUUGUCUAAGUGCUCCUAUAUAUGGUAUUUUUGUAAUGUUUCUACUCAGGGGGCUGUGUUGCUGAUGCAUGCAUUUCACCAUACCAGUGUGGAGCUUGUGUGUAUCUAGGGUUAUACCUAUUCAGUGUGUGAAAUUGGAACGGCAUUGUUCCUAGUAAGUUGCUUAUGGUAAGCUGUUGACCAGUUACCAGAAGGGAAUAUUCUUUAUCUUUGAAGUGUUCUACUCAAUUAAAAUUGCUCGCUGUGUGUUUGGGGGGUAAAAAUGAUAAAUAUAACUUUAAAAAAUAAUGUAAAUAUUUGUGAAAGGCAUGUUUUUAAAGUAGUGAUUUAAAUUUACACUAAUGACUAUUUUACUAUAAAUAGCUUGUGCACUAAUGCACACCUCAAGUUGUGUUUCAGGAAUUCAAGCGUAUACUGUAAUUCAUUAAAAAGUCCCUAUUUCAGUUAUCCAGAGGGGAAGUGACGAACAGUGUUUUGAUUUGAAACUCCAUUGGCAGCUGUAUUCUCCCUUCUGAUGUACUCUCUUUUGUUGUAUUCUCAAGGCAAGUCAAACUUGUGACUUCCCAUGAGUUACCUGUUUAGCUUCAGCUUUUUUAAAAAAAUUACUAGUACAGGGUGCUGAUGGUGGACAUGAUCCUGUUGUUUUUUACUUUUUUUGUCUUGAUAUAAUCAGUGGGUGUCUGCAAUACAAGGUGUUAUAGAUUUAAUAUAAUCAUGAAUUUAGAAUUCUUUCAUGUAUCAAAAAAGGAAGGAAGAAAAUAAAAAUAUCAUUAAUAUAUUGAAUGACUUUUUUUCAAUUGGUUGAAAUUCCCCUCAAUGGUGGAGUGACAUGCUAACAAAAACACAAUAUUUGUUUUAAAACACUCCAAUAUUUGUGAACACAGUUUUAAUAAUCAAAUCAAAUCCACUUUGAAAGAUAAAUUCAUUCCCUUGUGUCUCACUCUUUUUUAAUAUUGCCACAGUGAUACCAAGGUUAGUAUUUAGCCUUUGCUGCAUCUGGAUAUUUUGGGCACCAAAGAGAGGUGCUCACUUGCUAUUAUGUCUGUGGUAUUGUUCAGUAUAUCUAAAUAAGGUCAUAAUUGCUGCACAGCAAGUUUACGGUGACAAGUGACAAAGGUUAUGGAAUCUGAUUCACAACAUGCAGACAGAAUGCAAAAGACCAUUCAGCCACUAAUGUUCGUCUGUCUAGUGUUGCUAGUUUCAUGUCACCUGUUUCUAAAAUUUAUAAAAUUAACUUUUUUAAUAAAACUCCAAUGGAACAUUAAUUGUUUAUUGAUUUUAUUCACAAGUAAUUUUGUUGCCAUCUUUUUUUUAGUAAAAUUCAUAGGGAAUUUUAUGGUUCCAUUAGCAUUAGUGAAAGCAGCCCCAAGGUAUUUGAGUUGCAUUUUCAGUGUCUUGAAACACUUCAUAUCAGGGUGCCUUAUGACUUGGGCAUUGCUUAAGCAAGAGAAGUUCUAAUGUUCCCAGUGAUUAGCAGAUCUGUGAUGCUGGUGGUAAUCUGGGUUACUUUUCAGUUUGAGACUCCUCUCUCUCUCUCUC